AUGCCGAAACGAGGCGGCAUUCCCUGGCAAUCCAAGGGCUGCUGGACAUGCAGGAAGCGGAAGAUCAAGUGCGACCAGAGGAAGCCGGAAUGCGAACGGUGUAUCAAGCGCGAUAUUCAGUGUCUCGGAUACGAAAAAACUCGUACCUUCAUCUACCAUUCGUACGAGGAACCCGAGAAGAAACAUGAUGCGGGUAAUCAGCUCCAGCGCAUUGCUCGCACACACAAGGUGGCGCCCGUGAGGACUGUUGCGUCUGAGCCGAUGAUGCGUGAACAAGUCUUCUCUUCAUUUGUCGAUCUGUGCUUCCCAACCCACAUGGAUGUAUCCAAUGUCGAUAUGUGGCGCUUUUUGGUCCAGAACUUCUCCAUACUCCCCGGAAAAAGCGAUAUGCUUGAGAAAACGAUCUCCUCGGUAUCAUGUCUUUUUCUCGGGAAGAUUAACCACGACGAUCGCAUGUUCAAUCAGGGACUCAGACUAUAUAACAGUGCGGUGCGGCAGAUGGCGAAAAUGAUCUCCCAGGAUGCGUAUAGUGAUGAUCUUGUCUAUACUGCUGUCAUCUUCCAGGAAAUCGAGAGCUGCUAUUGCCCGAAUGGACUGCAGACAUGGCUGGCCCACAUCAAGGGAGUGAACACAUUAUUGAAGCACUACCGUCACAAGGCGGUCAGCAAUCCUCUGAUCGAGGCUAUAUACCAUCGGUACCAGAAACUACGAACGUUAAUGUGCUCGUCUGCCAUCAAUAUGCCUGCAGAUGAAUACAAAUACAUGACGGAAGAAGGCGAUGGCUCUCCCUUAUCUGAGUUACUCAAGGCCUUCGCGGAGUUGUCACCCAUCAGUGUGAAAGUGCAAUCAAUUGAUCCUUCAGAUUAUGAUGCCUGUCAAGAUUUGCUACAACACGGUGUCAGAGCCAAGGAGCAGCUUUUUGCAUGGUAUUCUGAGCACCAUAUGGCCGAAACCAUAUCCCCGAGCUCUCCAAGGCAUUUCACAACUACCAAUAUGCCAUCAUCCAAGGGCCUAUUCGAAGCUCCUUAUUCUUUUACUUCCUUCGACUGUGUUUUGUUGCACAUGUAUUACUGGGCUGCACUAGCGAUGCUGUUGCCGAUGAUCUUUCACGCAAAGACACUUAUCAGAUCUCAUCGGAACAGUGGUAUUCCAGCCGAGCUACUCAGUCAGGUCACAGAUCCUUUUCUGGACGAGGAUUAUCUCUGCGCAGGUUUCUACGCCGAUGAAAUCUGCCGCUGUAUGCCAUACUGCAUGCAAGACAAGAUGAAGAAUGCCGGAUUCCAUAUGACAUUGUUUCCCUUGUGUGCGGCCUCGCAGACUUAUAUCAACUUCGCCAACUUGGAGAAAUUUGCUUGGUGCGUAAAGAUCUUAGAGCAAGCGGACAGUCGUGGCCACGCGACUGCUCCUUACCUGGUUGAUAUAUCUUGGAACAAUUGGUUUCUGAAGAAUGACUCUCGGCCAAACGUGAUUGUCGCUUCAUCGUUAAGGGAGAUAUUUCCAGACAACACACCCAGCAGAGAGCUACAGAAUAGGAUAGAACUGAUAGAUGAAUGA